AUGUUGUACCUCGUAGGACUUGGUCUCUCAGACGAGACAGAUAUCACUGUCAAAGGCCUUGAGGUCGUCAAGAAGGCUUCCAGAGUUUAUCUUGAGGCUUACACCAGCAUCCUACUCGUUGAGCAAUCUGUUUUGGAAUCUUACUAUGGACGCUCUAUCACUGUAGCUGACCGUGAGAUGGUCGAGUCAAACAGCGAUGAGAUUCUCCGAAAUGCGCAGAACGAGGAUGUGGCAUUUCUUGUUGUUGGAGACCCCUUUGGUGCGACCACACACACUGACCUCGUUCUUCGUGCACGAGAGCUCGAGAUCCCCGUCCGAACCGUUCCCAACGCCUCCAUCAUGUCCGGUAUCGGUGCCUGUGGUCUCCAACUGUACAACUUUGGCCAGACUGUGUCCAUGGUCUUCUUCACAGACUCAUGGAAGCCGGCCUCGUUCUACGAUCGUAUAAAGGAAAACCGUCAGAUUGGACUCCACACAUUAGUUCUGGUAGACAUUAAGGUCAAGGAGCAAAGUCUCGAGAACAUGGCUCGCGGUCGCUUGGUGUACGAGCCCCCUCGCUACAUGACUGUUGGUCAGUGUGCACAGCAGAUGCUGGAGAUUGAGGACGAGCGAAAGGAGGGUGUCUAUACCAAGGACAGCUUGGCUAUUGGUGCCGCGCGUGUAGGAGGUAAGACGGAAAAGUUUGUGGCCGGGACAUUAGAAGAGCUUUGCUCUACAGAUGAGGAGCUUGGGGCCCCCCUGCACAGUCUCGUUCUUCUUGGCCGAAGGACACACGAGUUGGAGCUUGACUACGUUCGACAAUUUGCGGUUGACAAGGAGAAAUUUGAGAGGCUAUGGAAUGCCGAGUAUGGAAAGCAGCUUUGA